CAAGAUCUAACUAUGAGAUCUCUACCCUGCAAGAGCAUAACUCCAGCAAUAUUGGGGAGCAGGAGAUAAUUUUGGGGAGAUCCAACUUCGAAACCUCUUUCUGUGCCGACCGGAAGGUUUUUAGUAUUCAGAUCCGAUCAACUUUCAUCACAAAAUGUCUGCAGGUUUCAGCGGCGAUGAAACUGCUCCCUUCUUCGGCUUCCUCGGCGCCGCUGCUGCCCUCGUCUUCUCCUGUAUGGGAGCUGCCUAUGGAACGGCGAAGAGCGGUGUGGGUGUGGCGUCGAUGGGGGUGAUGAGGCCGGAGCUGGUGAUGAAGUCAAUUGUUCCGGUUGUUAUGGCUGGUGUUUUGGGUAUUUAUGGAUUAAUUAUUGCUGUUAUAAUCAGUACUGGGAUUAAUCCUAAGGCCAAGUCCUAUUACUUGUUUGAUGGUUAUGCACAUCUUUCGUCUGGUCUUUCUUGUGGCCUUGCCGGGCUUUCUGCUGGAAUGGCGAUCGGUAUUGUUGGCGAUGCUGGUGUUAGAGCAAAUGCACAGCAGCCAAAACUUUUUGUUGGGAUGAUCCUUAUUCUCAUAUUUGCUGAAGCUCUGGCCCUCUAUGGCCUCAUUGUUGGCAUCAUCUUGUCUUCUCGAGCUGGUCAGUCCAGAGCAGACUGAGGUAGUGUCCCUUUCAUCUAUUGUCCUUGUAUUGGUUUUUAUGGUGUCACUUUGGGGAAAGGAAACAAGCAUAUCUUCGGUGGUUAUACCAGCUCAGGGUUUUCAAAUUCAUUAUCUUGAAAGUAGCGGAGCGGAUAUUCAUUCCUAGGUUGUUCAGUGCUGAUUAUAGAAGUAGAAAUGCGCUUUUCUGCAGAAUAAAAGCCUAUGAAGUUUUGUCUGUUUGGAUUUAUUUAUUGCUGUAUUUUGCGGUUACUAGUACACAGCUUUGAGACUAUUGUUCUGAAAUUGCUGUGUACUAUUUUAUUGUUUAUGGAGAUUUCAAACCUGUGUGGAAACUAUGAUUGGAUUUAUCU